GGGAUCUGGAAUCCCUCAAGAAUCUCUUUUCUACCAAUGUCUAACGGCCAGCGCAGAACGGCACGGGCACUGGACCAGUUCAUCGACCUGUUCGAGAUCAGUUGGCAUUUGGCAAGCUACAGCACACAUAGUUAUCCGUUCAUUAUGCAAGGAAUCUUCACGCUCGCGCUCCUGCUGCUCAACAGUUGGCUCGGCUCCGGCGUCGAGGCAAUGGAUGCUGCACAUGCCGCUCACCCAUUCAUCGCGGGUGGCGCGGUGGUCGAGAACAAAUGCAAGGACUGUCACAACGGCCCUACGGAGCACACGCUGCUCAAGCACGCGGACGACAGUGAGCACAACUAAAAACCUAUAUAAACGUCAAGAGAGACGAGCAGAAUCCAGAGACUCGACUCUAACCCACCAGAGACUCGAGUUCAGUCUGUAGGAGGCGUAUGCACUAAUAUAUUGCCCCGGCAUAAGAUCGGGGCUUGAUGUUGUCUUGCUA